UUCGGAUUCCGUAACUGAAGCUUCGGAGAAGAAGAGUAAACGCGGUUCCGAUGAAAGGGAAGGGGAAGGGGAAGGGAAAGAUCAUAAUUUGGGUACGCAAACAAAAAAGGGCGAGGUUGUAAUCGAAGGUGAGGAGGGAAAGAUGAAGGAGAAGAAGAGGAAAAGGGAAGAGCUUGAGAAAGAGUGGGAGGAGAAGAAUAACAAGGAGGAAAGACCCAUUCUUGAUUCGGAUUCCGUAACUGAAGCUUCGGAAAAGAAGAGGAAACGCGGUUCCGAUGAAAGGGAAGGGGAAGGGGAAGGGGAAGAUCAUAAUUUGGGUACGCAAACAAAAAAGGGCGAGGUUGUAAUCGAAGGUGAGGAGGGAAAGAUGAAGGAGAAGAAGAGGAAAAGGGAAGAGCUUGAGAAAGAGUGGGAGGAGAAGAAGUAUGGUGUGGUGGUGGAAGGAGAGGAAGAUGAAAAGGAAAGGUUUGGGAAUAAAACUCUUGAGAGCAAGAGGAAGAUGAUAUAUAACCCAGCUGAUAUGUUGGUUUCAAAGGAAGGUUAUGAUGACGAGGAUAAGCUUUUGAGGACUAUUUUAGUUGGGAAUUUGCCUCUCAAGUUGAAAAAGAAGACUUUGUUGAAGGAGUUUAAGAAAUUUGGUGAGGUUGAGUCUCUGGUGACUCGUUCUGUUCCAAUACAAGAUACCAAAAAACCUAGGAAGGGAGCCAUCCAUUCGAAGAAAAUAAAUGAUUCCGCUGAUAGUGUUCACGCAUACAUUGUUUUCAAGACAGAGGAAUCUGCUCAGGCUUCUUUGUCCCACAACAUGACUGUGGUUGAAGGAAAUCACAUUCGUGUUGAUAGGGCUUGCCCACCCCGCAAGAAACAUAAAGUGAAGAUUGCUUCGCUUUAUGAUAACAAGAGAACUGUUUUUGUGGGCAACCUCCCAUUUGAUGUUAAGGAUGAAGAACUAUAUCAGUUAUUUUGUGGUAUAUCCAACCUGGAAUCAAGUAUAGAAGCUGUUAGAGUCAUUAGAGAUCCUCAUCUUAAUGUUGGAAAGGGUAUUGCCUAUGUGCUGUUUAAAACAAGGGAAGCUGCUAAUUUUGCUGUUAAGAAACGGAGCUUGAUGGUUGAAAAUCCAUGCUGUCAUGCCAAAGCGGAUGCCACCCCAUCCAAAAGGCCAAACCCAUCACCAGCUCCUAGUACCCCUGCAAAGAAGUUGGCUGUGAAAAGGCCAUACCAGCUGUUGCAAAGAA